CCCGCCUCUUUACACUGAGACCACUUGUCUUUGAAACACAGAUCAGUGACGAACAUUACAGCAGUGCUGUCGCACCAUGCGCACGACAAUGAACUUCACCCUCCUGUCAGCUAUACUCUGUAUCCUCAGUUGGAUCUCUGUCUCACGUUGUGAAUAUCACGUUGUGGAGGUCCAGACCGGUGAAGAGGUCACGCUGCUGUGUACCAACUACACCAGUUCCCUCUCUUACAUAUCAUGGUUCAGACUGGAAAACGGAUCCAACACCAGCCACAUCUCCUCCAUGUUUUCCCUUGACACAGGUGCAUCGUACUUCGAUGGGAUUGAAAAAGAAAAGUUCAGCAUGACGUCCAACGUCAGUAACGUCUUUCUCCAAAUGAAACAAGUGGAUUUAUUGGACUCUGGACUCUAUAUAUGUGGCUUUAACGUGGACAGAGACUCCAGAAACUUCCCAGCAGUUUACAGUGCAACGUAUUUAAAGGUUAAAGAACAGUCUGAUGAACACGCAAAUCUGACCAUCGAGAUCCUCAUGGGCGGUCUGAUUAUCGUCCUCAUUAUAAUCAUCAUCGCUCUGGUUCUGAAAAUCUGGAAACUUCAUACAGCACAUAAAGAGGCACAGGAUCCACAACACAGUAAGAAUGUGGGCUCUGAUGACCUGAACUACGCAGGACUGAGUUUCCUUCCAAGAGCAGAGCGGAGCAGAAGGCCUGCUAGAGAGAGAGAGCCGGAGCCUAAUGUUGUCUACGCCACCACCAUGCACUCAAGAAACCACCGGAACUGAAGCUCAGAGAGGAACUGAGGCGUUGUCGUCAGUCAGCUUUUGGGGUUUUGUGCUGUUUGUGGAUGGGAGGAGUUGCCAUCACUGUGACAAGAUGUUGUGAAAAAUAAUUGUGAUAUAAUUUUAAAUCUUACUUAAAGUGAAGUCUUUAUCUUCUCAUUGUACAUGUGUAUCUUGGUGCAAAAGUAAAACGGCAAAAGGCUGGAAAAGGUAUUGAUGACUGUCCAGAGUUUUGUUUUAGUCAUGACCUCCGGGGGAUGUCCGGAGAAUGGGGACCGGACUUUCUGCAGUGUUUGCCUUUCAUACAUGAACAAAGCAGCAGGAGAUUUCCCGCUCAUAUUGUAUAUCAAGCAGCAUUGUUGUAAUCGUAAUCCAUGAUCAGCUGCCAUCACGAUCACGAUCCACCACCACUAUCUAACAUCAGGGUCCCCCUUUACGAUCACGAUCCAUCACCACGAUCAGAUGCCACCAUGAUCCACAAUUUCAAUUCGAUUCAAUUUUAUUUGUAUAGCACCAAAUCAUAAGAGACAUUAUCUCAAGGCGCUUUACAUAAAAGGACAAUCCAUUGUCAUGAUCCACCACCACUGUCAGGAUCCACCAUCGUGGGGAAGAAUUAUGUUUAUAAAGUCUGAAUGAAUCCGUUUGUUUUCUCUUCUCAAGGAGAUGUUGCCUUCACCCAAUCAGUUGUUGUCACAGAUGUACCUAAAUACAUUUUUUU